AUGACGAAAACUUGCAGUCCGCAUCGUCUCAUUAUAUCAGGUUUGGUUUUGAGCUAUAUCUCAUUGACGGUCUUUCUAGCAAUAACGAACGAUAUCAAUGCUUAUAAAUGGAAAUUAAAUGAUGAUAAUAAUUAUUGGAUUGUAAAUGGUAGUAUUUUACGGCAAACUUCACCCAAAUAUAGAUAUAAUCAUCGGCUACCACUCAUUAGUGAUGGUAUAGCCAGAAAGAAUCCACUACAAUUGUUAUUGCUAUCAUCGUCUGAUAGUCGCAAACAGCGUUCAACUAAAAAGGUUAAAAUUUUAAUUAUCUCACGUCGAAAUAAACUUAAUUCAUUUGCUAAAGGGAUCGCAACUGCUAUUGAAGCUAACAAAUUGGAUUAUUCUAUUACAGUUGGUGAUAAUUUACCACAAUAUUUAUUAAAUCGACGUCAUUUCAAAUUGAUUAUAUUUGACAGCCUAAAAUAUUAUGUAAACCUUAGCCAACGUAAUAAAUUAGCUGUCACUACUUAUUGCAAAGAACAAAAACGUGUUGGUAUUUUGGUAUUUGCUAAUAAUGAAUCAGUUCAUCAUACUAACAUACCAAUAUUAUCAAGUAAUCAAUUUCUUCCUGAUGUCGCAAGUGUUCGAAUUAAAAGCCCAAAUCCAAUAUUACGAUUAACACGUGAUGGUGGUAAUGUAACACACAACUUGCCAAAUCGACCUUGGACUGUCUUCAACAAUUAUACUCAUAUGCAGCCUAUCUUAUAUAUUAACAGUAAGAAUGGCCAACAAUAUGUUGGUGGAUUACUGGAUGAUGGAAAAGAUGAUAAUAUUAAACGAGUUUUCUUUGGCAAUUGUAUCGAUUUUUGGCUUAUCAGAUUGUUAUUCCUUGAUGCUAUCGCUUAUUUAUCUAAUGGUGUUUUUCAACGACAAUUAAGCAGGUGGUUACAAGUCGAUGUCGAUGAUGUCUUUGUUGGUAAGAAAGGUAUACGAAUGACCGACGAAGAUGUGAAUGCAAUGUUAAAAGGCCAAGAAAUGAUUCGAAAGAAUGUCGACAAUUUUAAAUUUAUGUUGGGCUUUUCAGGCCAUUAUUUCAUGAAGGGUCUACCCACAGAAAAUCGAGGCGAUAUAGCCUUAAUAAGCAACGCCAGCAAAUUUUGGUGGUUUUGCCAUAUGUGGAAGCAUACAAAACCUCAUCUUUUUCAGACAACGGAAUUGUUGAUUGCAGAUAUGGAGCGCAGUCGAAAUUUCGCUACUAGAUCGAAUUUACCUAUUGUACCUGGCUACUCUGUAUCUCCCCAUCAUUCAGGCAUAUACCCCGCUUAUGAGCCACUUUAUAAUGCGUGGAAAAGAGUUUGGAAUAUUACGGUAACUACGACUGAGGAAUACCAUCAUCUAAAUCCAGCUCAUAAAAGGAAAGGCUUUAUUCAUAAAAACAUUCAAGUUCUACCUCGACAGACAUGUGGAUUAUUUACGAAAACUUUACAUUUUAAGACAUAUCCAGGCGGUAUUAAACGUUUGAAUCAAAGCAUAUUUGGUGGAGAAUUAUUUCGUACAUUAACUGAUAAUAUUAUUUGCAUAUUUAUGACUCAUAUGCCCAAUUAUGCCAAUGAUCGUAUGGCAAUCUACACUUUCGUUCAUGCUAUUGAUUUUUUGAAAAGGUGGACAAAUAUCAAAUUGAGCUCAGCACCACCAUCGGAACUAGGUCAAUCGUAUUUUCGAUUGUAUCCAGAUGAGAAAGACCCACUUUGGCUAAAUCCAUGCACUGAUAAAAGACAUAAAGCUAUCUGGCCGUUUGUUCAAGGAUGUAAACAGUUGCCAAGUAUGAUUAUAGUUGGGCCACAAAAGACCGGCACUACGGCGCUUUCCUUAUAUUUAUCGCUUCACCCAAAAUUUAAACCGAAUAAAGCGAGUAAAAGAACUUUCGAAGAAGUUCAAUUUUUUAAUGAUAAUAAUUAUCGCAAAGGUUUAAAAUGGUAUAUGGAAUUUUUCCCUCCUAUUGAGAGCUCACUGGUUGAGCAAUCAAUCAGAUACUUUGAAAAAAGUGCAACCUACUAUGAUCGAGCUUUAAUCCCAAAACGUAUGAAUGCUCUUCUGCCUGAUGUUGACGUUAUCAUUAUUUUAUCAGAUCCUGUUAAGCGUGCCUAUUCAUGGUAUCAGCAUAUGAAAAAUCAUUCUCACCCAGCAGCAUUAAAUUAUUCAUUCUAUGAUGUUAUUACUAACAAGAAACAAGAUCGACUUAUUAAGCAAUUACAGGAUCGCUGCAUUAGACCUGGAAAAUAUGUUAUCCAUUUAGAAAGGUGGUUAGAUUAUUAUCAUCCGUCUCAUGUUAUAAUUGUAGAUGGUAAACAACUAAUCGACGAUCCUAUACAAGUAAUGGCUGAUCUUCAAAUUAAAUUAAAGGUCAAUGAUAUAUUGGAUUACUCUAUGAAGCUCCAAUUUGAUCAGAGAAAGGGUUAUUACUGCGUCAAGAGAGAGAGAGGACGUAAUAAAUGCCUUGGUCGAAGUAAAGGUCGCAAGUAUCCACCUAUGGACAAGGAUUCUGAGAUGUACCUAAGAAAUUUUUACAGACCGUACAACAUUAAGUUAAAGGAAGUAUUAGAAUCGCGUUCGCUAGCCAUUCCUACUUGGUUGAAAGAGCAAACGUGA